CUGUGAUAGAUGCAUAACCGUGACAUUUAACGGGUUUAAUACUCGACCUGAUCACCAAACGAGGGCAGCAAUAUCAAACAUGAUAAUCGUCAUCGCAGCAACCCGUCUUCUCCAUCAAACACAGAAAAAUAUUACGCCCAAAAAAUGACCGACGCGUCACGCUGGAAGGCGACCCUCUACGUCGGAGGCCUACCUGCCGCGGCAACAGAGGCAAGCCUACACGAUGCCUUCAUCCCCUUUGGCGAAAUAGCCGACGUAAAGAUGCCCAAGAACGACAACCCGAAAUCGGCAGAGACGCACAGGGGAUUUGCCUAUGUCGAGUAUGAGGAUGCCGAUGAUGCCAAAGAAGCCAUGGACAACAUGGACCAGUCAGAAUUCUUUGGUAGAAUUAUCAAGGUCCAUGCUGCAAAGCCACCAAAGAGUGCUAAUGAGGGACUGGGCAGCAAGACGGCUGUCUGGGAACAGGAGGGAUGGCUUGCGAAAAAUGCCGUCAGUGAGGAGGACAGGUUGGGUGGAGAUCAGUCAGCUAUGGCAACGGAACCUGCGCCUCCAGCAGAAGAUCCGAUGCAGGGACUGGAAGGAUUGGAUGUUGCCGGGCCUAGACCUGAAUGAGGUCAUUUUUAAUUCUUAGGCUGUGACAGUCGACUGUUGUAAUUUGCAUAGCAUCGGCGUUAGAUGGCGUUCAGGGUAUCACGUGUUUGGAUCAUCCAGUAAGGCUUAGUAGCCACAUGAUGAGGACUUCAGCAAUGGAGCGUUUGAGACUCGGGAACAAAAUGAAAUAAUCUCUUGAUAACCAGGCGUCCGUGGUUGUUACAGU